AUGAUGGACCGAAAAUCAUCAGUUAAUCCGUUGGCACAAUCACGUAAAGCAUCUGAAGUCUCUAUCAUUGAAGAAUUAUCACAAGGUCAAAAGCCACUACCUAAAGGCAUUGGUAGAUUAUCCGUAUUCAAGGAUACAGCACUGUCAUCAGAAAAAAGGAGAUAUUCAGUACAGAAUGCAUCCGGAUCUGGAGCCCUUCCUCCAAGAAACAGUCCACGUGUAACACCAUAUGUAAAUACACCGGUUACAUCAGCUGGACCAAUACCUGUAUCAUCAACAAUUCCAAGAGCAUCGAUCGCAUGUAUCCCAAUGAGUGUUCAGGCUCAAAUUCAACAAAGCCAAGCAAUUAAAUCUGAACAACCUCCUAUUGCAAAACCUACAUCAUCACCUUUGACAAAAAAUUUUGUUACACCUCAAGUAACACCCAGAGCAUCUAUAAGCAAAGUUUCUGAAUCAGAUAAAGAUCAUACUAAAAAACUUGGUCGUCUACCUAAAUCUUUCCAAUGUGAUUGUUGUCAACAUGUUACUGUGACUAGAAUAACAUAUCAUGUUGGCGUUUUAACAUGGCUUAUGGCAGUGUUAAUUUUUUUAUGUGGUGGCGUUCUAGGCUGUUUUCUGAUACCAUUCUUUACAAAUUGUUGUAAAGAUGUUAAACAUGAAUGUCCAUUCUGUGGUACAGAAAUCGGUAUGGUUAAAUGCAUCUAAAUGUUUUUUUACUGAACAAUGAAUAGAAGUACUUACUUGAUUGAAAAUCAGUUACAUCAUAUGAACACAUACCAUAUUUGCGUUUAAUAUAUAAAUAUAUUUUUUACUUGUGUUCUGUGGAGAACAAUUUUUAUUAAAAGUAAAUACACUAAUCUCAAACAAAAACAAAUACAUGUAUUACUUCGAAAGAAAUGAAAUAAAAAAACCCAGAGACUUUUUA